AUUGACUGGGUUUCUGGGGUCUUUUAUUGUUGAGAUUCUUUUCCACUUAAAAAUUUAAAAUCAGAACUUUGAAUAGGUUGGUUCAGAAAACACAGAAGGGAAAGGUUCCUUUUCUAGGUAAAAGGGGUAUUUGCUUUUAGGUCAUUAAAAACCCAUGUCUGAUUUUUUUCUACUUGGUAAGUUGUCUGUGGUGAAGACAUAUCCUUAUCCUUGUGUUUGGUUCCAAAGAAUACAGAGGAAAAGAAAAGAAUAGGAAAAUUCACCGCUAUAUUGUUAAAACUAAAAGGUAAUUCAAUUGUUGAUUGGCAACAGUUGAAUUGUGGCUUACGUAUACGUUGGUUCCAGAUUCUGGCAAACAAGGACAAGAACUGUUCUUGGCUGAAGUCAAAUUAGAAUGGAAGGUAGUAUAUUUACAGGCAUCGGAAAUGGAACCCAACUAGACACCAAGGUUGUGCAGACAUUUCAGAAGAGCUUUGUGCAAGUGCAAGAUAUUUUGGAUCAGAACAGAUUGCUAAUUAAUGAGAUUAACCAAAACCAUGAGUCCAAGAUCCCUGAUAACCUCAGCCGGAAUGUUGGCUUAAUUAGAGAGCUUAACAGCAACAUUAGAAGGGUCGUAGAUCUCUAUGGUGACCUCUCCAGCUCUUUUUCCAGGUCAAUGGAAGCUUCAUCAGAAGCUGAAUCAGGUGGGACUUUGAAAUCUGAUGGAAAAUCUAGCGAGAAGAGAAUUAGAUCCGGGUAAUUGUUCAAAAAUUGGCUUUGUUAUAGUUAUAGAUUCUGCACUCUUCAUUACUGAAUAAGAAAAAGUUUGUACUACCAGAGGGAAGAACUUGAUGAGCUCGUGUUACUCUUCUGUAUCAAUUAUAUCUAUUUGAGGCUCUGUGCAACAGCUUCACUGCCACAAACUUUCAUGAAAUAUCUCUAUAAAAAUUUAGCGCUGUAGUUUUCAGUUUCAA